UUAGUGUUUCCACUGCCUGCCUGCCUGCUGUGGCUCACUCAGGAGAGGGGGGCGGAUAUUCAGCAUCUCUCAGCCUCCGCCCGCCUCUGUGGCUCUGUCCAAAGCGGUGGAGAGACAAGGGGGCAACCGCAGACCGACAGGGGGACAGCCAGAGACGGAGACAGAGAGAGAGAGGGGCGAUGGCCGCGGAUGGAGUAUGCGGGGAAUCGGUGUAUCAGUACCGGGCCGAGGUGGAGCGGCUCACCCAGGAGCUGGCCGAGGCGAACCGGGAGAAGAUCCGGGCUGCGGAGUGCGGUCUCGUCGUCCUGGAGGAGAACCAGGCGCUGAAGCAGAAGUAUGCAGACCUGGAGAUCGAGCAGGAGACUCUCAGGAAGGAGUUGGAGCAAUUACAGGAGGCGUUCGGUCAGGCUUACACCAACCAGCGUAAGGUGGCAGAGGAUGGGGAGACCAAUGAGGAGACGCUGCUGCAGGAGUCAGCCUCUAAGGAGGCCUACUACGUGGGCCGUCUGUUGGAGUUGCAGACGGAGGUGACGCUGAGCCGUUCUGUGGCGUCCAACGCCCAGGCUGAGAACGAGAGGCUCAAUGCGCUUGUGCAGGAGCUACGAGAGAACAACGAGAUGCUGGAGCUGCAGAGGAGCCGGAUGAGGGAGGAGAUCAAGGAGUACAAGUUCAGAGAGACGCGGCUGCUUCAGGAUUACACUGAGCUGGAGGAGGAGAACAUUACGCUGCAGAAACUGGUGUCAACACUCAAGCAGAGUCAGGUGGAGUAUGAGGGACUAAAACAUGAAAUUAAAGUACUCGAGGAGGAGACCGUUCUCCUCAACAGUCAGCUGGAGGAUGCAUUACGUCUGAAGGACAUCUCCGAGGGUCAGCUGGAGGAGGCCCUGGACGCCCUCAAGAAUGAGCGCGAGCAGAAGAACAACCUAAGAAAGGAACUGGCCCACCACCUCAGCCUGAGCGACAGCGUCUACGGAGCCGGGGCCCAUCUGGCACUCACCGUCACUGGUGUUGAAGGCCUCAAGUUCCCUGACGAGACCAACGGAACAAAUGGCACCAACGGCACCACCAUCCCUGCUGCUAACGGCAACAAUGAGGACUGCAACCGCCGCAACGGCCACGUUCACACAGGCACCGGAUUGGCUAAGAUGAACGGGGAAUACCGACCAGGCCGGAAAGGAGAAGGCCUGCACCCCGUGCCUGACCUGUUCAGUGAGCUCAACCUGUCGGAGAUGCAGAAGCUCAAACAGCAGCUGCUACAGGUGGAGCGUGAGAAGGCGGUGCUGCUCAUGAACCUGCAGGAGUCACAGACCCAGCUUCAGCACACACAGGGCGCCCUGAGCGAGCAGAAUGAGCGGGUUCAUCGCCUCACGGAGCGCGUCAACGGUAUGAAAUGUCUGAAUGGAGACAAAGAGCUGGAUGACCCACAGGAGAGUGAGAAACCCGAUGGUGGUUCCUCAUCACCACCAGCCAAUGGUCACUGUGACCUAGACAUCAAUGGCUUCGAGGUCCUGGAGUGUAAGUACAAGGUGGCAGUGACAGAGGUGAUCGACCUGAAAGCAGAGCUCAAGGUGCUGAAGGAGAAGUACAACCAGGCUGUGGAAGGGCACGGAGAGAGCCACAGUGACGACAGGGUCCAGGCACUGACUGAACAGCAGGUAACACAUUUGGAGCGUAGUUAUCGUGAAAGCAGGGAGAAGGUGGCAAGUCUGGAGGCAGAGCUUCGAGCAGCCGCGAGCACAGCCACCGAGAGCCAGGGCAUGCUGAACACAGCACAAGAUGAGCUGGUAACCUUCAGUGAGGAGCUGGCGCAGCUCUACCAUCAUGUCUGUCUGUGCAACAACGAGACGCCCAACCGUGUCAUGCUGGACUACUACCGCCAGAGCCGCGUCACACGCAGUGGCAGCCUGAAAGGCUCGGAUGACCAUCGGGCUUUGCUCUCCCCCCGCCUGGCACGACGCCUCGCUGCAGCAUCAGCAGCCUGCUCCUCCGAACCCCCACGAAGUCCCAUGGACUCCCCAUCCAAAGACGGCCAUCACAAUGAGACAACAAACAACACAGUGGACUCCUGCAAUAGCAGCCCCACCCGUAACCCCACGGGCUCCCCUAGCAUCAGCAUCUCACCUUGCCCAUCUCCAGUGCCCUCAGAGGCAGGUGGGGACCUGCGGAAGGAGCCCAUGAAUAUCUACAACCUGAACGCCAUCAUCAGAGACCAGAUCAAACACCUCCAGCGGGCUGUGGAUCGCUCACUGCAGUUGUCCAGACAGAGGGCUGCAGCCAGAGAGUUGGCGCCUAUGCUUGACAAGGACAAGGAGUUGUGCAUGGAGGAGAUACUCAAACUAAAAUCCCUGCUUAGUACCAAAAGAGAGCAGAUAGCCACACUCAGGCUGGUGCUGAAAGCCAAUAAACAGACAGCAGAGGUUGCACUGGCAAAUUUGAAGAGCAAGUACGAAAAUGAAAAGUCGAUGGUGACAGAGACCAUGAUGAAGCUGAGGAACGAGUUGAAGGCUCUUAAAGAAGACGCAGCCACCUUCUCGUCUCUCAGGGCCAUGUUUGCCACAAGAUGUGACGAAUAUGUUACCCAGCUGGAUGAGAUGCAGAGGCAGCUGGCGGCGGCAGAGGAUGAGAAAAAGACAUUGAACUCCCUCCUCCGUAUGGCCAUCCAACAGAAGCUGGCGUUGACCCAACGGCUGGAGGAUCUGGAGUUCGAUCACGAGCAGACUCACCGUGGCCGCGGCGCUAAAGUGCCCAAGAUUAAAAGCAGCCCGCCCAAAGUAAGUGGCAGAGGCGCUUUCACAGCUCCCUCCAGUCCCACCAGGCUCCACAGCCCCUCCAUUAUCACCACCCACACCCUGAACACCUCCCUGACCCUCACUAGCCCUCCCUCUGUCGAACUAACCGCCUGUCCAUCCAUGUCUGUGUGGACUUCACACGCACUUUCUGAAACAAUCCAGACCUCAGCUCCAACUCUUCCACCUAACAUCAGUUUCCCUCAUUUGUCCCUGGCCACCCAGCCAAUCACGGUAGACCCUGAGCUGCUCACCUUAGAGUUCAGACGACUCAUUUAUUCAAGACAUGACAUAGGUCGACUGUCUCUAUCUUACAGCACUGGUACUCCUACCUCAGUAUCACCUCACCUUCGGAGAAGGCGAUGAUUCAUCGUCAUCGCCACACCCAUCUUUGCACACAGUUCCCCUAAUUCCACUGGAUUAAGUACAGAUACAGAGAGGAGGAAAAACUGGUUUCGCAUUUUUGUGGUUUGAACAUGCAGCAACACUCAGGAACAGGAGGCCCCUGACAGCUUGCUCCAUCCUCAAAGCAGCACUGAUCAGCCUUUUUGUUAUUGUUAAGGUUGGACUGCAUAGAGUUUAAUAAUGAACGUCCCUAUGAAUGUGAUAUCAGGCAUCUAUCUGCAUAGCUGCUACCAUCAACUGUGACAUCAUGUAUCACUCUUGUAGAAGACUGAGAGGUGUUUUAAAGUGAAAACAAAGCAAAAAAUGGCUGCAGCCUCUGCUUCAGCAUCCAGUGACUCACAGCACCUCCCUGUGGAAAAGUUUGUAGAUUACAUGUUAGAUUUUUUUUUUUAUUAUUAAUAAAAUGUAAUUCAUCUCAUCUCUUCCAUAAAACUAAUAUGUUAACUAACUAAUAUGUUGUAAUUAUAUGUUGUAAAAUGACACUUCCUACAGUUCAUCCUUGCAUGCCUUUUUUGUUGCAUCUAAAGUUCUGCCAAAAAGCAUUUGACAGGCUGAAAGUGUGUUUAAUAGCCUUGUUGCCUACAGUAGUAUGGAAACCAGUCAGACCUCCUCUCUGUGCCUCGACCUCCUACCUCCUACUCCAUGUGUAGUUUCAGAAAGGAAGCUAAACAAUUUCUCCCUCCACUGAUGCCCCAAUGUCUCGACCAACCUCUCACUGUAUUCCCAUUUUUCUCCACUAGAUGGCAGCAUCUGAAAACAUUUCUCCUUCCUGUCAAAUGCUGUUUGACCGCUCUCUCCUUGUCCCUUAUCCUACCUCAGAUAAUCAUAUAAGUGAAACAGUUUAAACAAGAUGUCAUAUAAAAAACUUUUAAGUAAGAAUGUGGAACAUGACUAGGUGUGGACUGUGGAAAAAAACCUGAUGAAAAUAACAGAGCAGCAGGUGUUGUGGAGUUGAGCAGGAUGGGAUUGUUCAGCAAUAGCCCCGCUGUGUCUGUCCUCCUCUUUCUGUGCUGUACAAAUCAAUAUAAAGUUGGGUUUGCAAGUGUGUGUAAAUAUGUCCAUGUCUGUGUGUCUUUUCUCUGUUUUUUGUCUGUUCUCCACCUCCUGUGCUGAUUGUCUAAGUGUGCAGAGACUGGCCCUGUCAGUGUGCUCAGAUGAGACUGGUUUCUUUACAUCCACACUAUGAAAUCAUACACUGUAAUUGACACUGACUUAGGUUAUGUAUCUUGUUUUUCUUUCUUCCUUUUGCUCAUAUUUCCUUUCUUGCUCCCUUCUCUCAGGCUUUCCCAUUCAUUACAUCCCGAAACACAAAUUUUCCAUGGCAGGAGAGUCACAUUUCUCAUCCAGGAGAAACAAAAUGAGGAUGAUUAUCCCCUCAAUUAUGCAAAUUAAUAAAUAGCACCAUGCUAUUGUGUAGCAGCGCCAUGAGAACAACUGAACACACACCAGGAUCAGACUGGUGCUUAAGUAUAAAAAUCAGACCUCCCUUAGCAGCAAACCAGUAGUACUCUCACUGUCUCUGACAAGGUCUUCCCCUGUCUUGUCCUCCGUGAUUUCUCUGUCCUAUUGUCUAACCCUGAGUGUCACCACUCUGUA